AGCCCCUCACCAAAUAUUUAGCUUUUGACGAUGUGGCAACUGGAGCGUCUGGGCUCGGGAUGCAGCCCGCCGAGGCUCCUCUUGCUAGUUUACACCUAUCUCUGCGCUCUUGGAGAUUGCCUUUUUGUGACUGAAUACUUCACCCGAACGCCUCGUAAACUGAAUGCUUUCAACUCCUUCGCCAGUGUGGAACUGUUCCACUUCAAUGUGCCUGACGACACCAUGAUGGCCGUAUGGAACCUCAUCACCUUCAAGGAGCAAGGGGGCACAUUUGGAGACAGCUGCCCAAACCGCAAUGUGACUGUGUACUUCAGGUCUGGCGCCCCGCCAGUAAUCAACCCCCUGUACACCCGCUUCCCUCGGGACACAGUAGUCCCAGGAUCCUUUGCUGUGACUCUGGCCUGGACUCUUCCAAACCGUACAACAGGAGCAUUCAACGUGACCAGCCCGCUCCCUGGAGACUGGUUCCUAGCAGCACAUUUACCGAAGGAUGAAGGCAAGAUCUCAGUGAAGGGUCUGUCUGAAGAAUGCCAGUAUCUCUUCCAACCUCAGCUCAUUGUCCAGAGGUUAAUUGGGAUUUCAGUGCUCUAUCCCGGAUACUUCAUUGACCAGAUGAUCCCCAUCCAUAACAGAUCUGCACUUUAUAAAGUGUUUAUCCCCAAUUAUAUAUCAAAGGUGAAGGUUCAGCUGGUAAACUGCAGCACCAAGAACAAGAGUAGCGACAGUUGUCCUGUGGUGCUGAAGAUAAGAGCGCGGGCGCCACCAGUGCAUAACUCAAGUGCCCUCGACUGCAGGGAGUGGAACCCUUGUGAAUUAGACACCCUCGUUCCUGCCUGGGAACAGUGGUACUACAUUCUGGUGGAGAGAUAUCUAAGUAACUCUGAUGUCUACUUCCGCAUUGGGGUGCAGGUCACAGAUUGCUCGAAGGCUAAUUUGUCAAAGGACCAAGCACAGCCCAGCUCUUCCAUGAACAUGCCUCAGUCAUUUGGAACAGCGAUGGGCUUCUCCCUGCCUGAGACGCUCUCAGUGGCAACCCUGCCCAGCCUGCUGUUGAACGCCAGUCACCUGCACACCUCAGAGGAAAGCAUCAUUUACCUCGCCCCCACUGCCGACACCAACAAGUGCUGGCCCAUCCGUCCCACUCUGCGCAACGAGCUGGACACCUUCUCUGUGCACUUCUAUGUCUUCUUUGGCCCAAAUAUAUCAAUUCCACCAGACAGGGCUGCCGUGUUCGCCAUAAACCUGAUGCCGGUUUUAGACAGUGGAGGAGUCCUCAACAUGGAGCUCAAGCUCAACAUGUCUACGCUGAAAGGAGCUAAUGUCACAGUGUUUGGCUGCCUGAAUCACGGGAUGCCUCUUUUCUUACGGGAAGACUCAUCACUGAAAUGUGAAUCAGAAUCGGUGGCCGGGUUUUUCCUUUCUGUGAACGCCUCUGCUAAUAUCACCAAAUUGAGGAUCCCCUAUCCACAAACAGGCACCUGGUACCUCAGUCUGCGCUCUCUGUGUGGCACUGAACAUGGAUUUGAGGCGUGCACCAAUGUCACAGCCGAGGUGUAUAUGCGCUCAUACCUGACUCCGUGCAUCAAUGACUGUGGGACGUAUGGACAGUGCAAGCUUCUGCGAACCAACAACUACCUUUAUGCUGCAUGUGAAUGCAAAGCAGGCUGGGACGGCUGGGGAUGCACAGACAACUCAGAGGCUUACUCCUACAGUUUCCAGCUCCUCUCCACCCUGCUGCUCUGUCUCAGUAAUCUGAUGUUCGUCCCACCUGUGGCCAUCGCCAUCCGAAGCCACUAUCUGCUGGAGGCUUCGGUCUACAUCUUCACCAUGUUCUUCUCCACUUUCUACCAUGCAUGCGACCAGCCGGGUAUUGUGGUGUUUUGCAUCAUGGAGUAUGACGUCCUGCAGUUCUGCGACUUCCUCGGGUCGCUCAUGUCAGUGUGGGUCACUGUCAUCGCUAUGGCAAGGCUAAAGUCCAUCAUAAAACAGGUGCUGUAUCUGCUGGGGGCGAUGUCCCUGUCCAUGGCUUUGCAGCUGGACCGUCAUGGUCUGUGGAACCUACUGGGACCCAGCCUGUUUGCCCUGGGCAUCAUGGCUGUGGCGUGGACGGUGCGCACCAUCCGUCGGCGGCGUUGCUACCCACCCACCUGGAAGCGCUGGGUGUUUUUCCUCUUCCCUGGCACCAUGAUCGCCACGUCUGCCGUGGCCCUCUACGCCUUCGUUGAAACGGAGGAGAACUACUUCUACAUCCACAGCAUCUGGCACAUGCUGAUCGCGGGGAGCGUGGGCUUCCUCCUGCCACCUCGCGCCAAGCCUGAUGCGAAGGUGACCCCACUGAAGCGUAGGCGAGGCUGUGGCUAUCAGCUGUGCGUGAAUGAGCAUGAGGAGCUGGGCCUGGUGGACCCCGCCAUCAUCUCCAUCAACAGCAUCUGUACCAGCUGAUAAACUCCCAGCCUUUUACCUUAGAGACACUUCAUUGCCUUCUUUUACUUGGGAAAUUCACACACGGGAAAUUAAGCCACAGAACUUGAAAAAGCAAUGUAAAUACUUUAAUGCAGAUGUGAAACAUUGGAGUUCUUUUUUCUGUUGUUAUUGUCAUGGUAAUUACUAUCAAUACAACUGUAAUUAUUAUUAUCUAUAGUUAAAGUUGUUCUGAUGAAUUGUGGUUGUACAGUGACCCACUGUUGUUUGUGAAUAUGUAUUUGAAGUCAGAGCUGAAACUGCUGCUAUAUGACGGUGACUGUAAAACUGCUUCUGUUGGUUAUUUAUUGGUGGUCUUGUAAACAGGCCAGUUAUUUUACUGUUGGGGCACAGGUCAGGGGGAGACAUGGGGGGUGGGGACAUUUAUCAAGGGCACGGCUUUUCUGAAAUUCUUUUAGAAUAUAUCUUUUGCACUGAGACACAAAAAUGUUAUUCUGUAAAUUUUUAUAACAAUAUGAACUACAGUGGGCAUCACAAAUGUAAAACCUAGUUGUCAUGUGGAAUGUUAGACUGUCUUUGGCAAUUGCAAUGUAUCGCUUUUACACGAAUGUGCUGAUUUUUCUUGAUGGGAACUAGUCCAAAGUCCAGCUGCCUGUUGAAAGAGAAGAGGGGAGGCAGGAUUACUUCAGAGACCUCAAACCAAGACCUCACCUCCCUGUUCUUUUC